AUGUUCUCCAGCACGUGGUCCUUCGAGCCCACGUGGGACCCGCUCGUCGGCGACGGCAACGAUCUCCACUGGCUCUCGUCGGGGCUUCCGGACGCGCUAGCCGUCGAGAGUCUUGAUCCGCUGGCCUGGGAAGAUCUAGCACGGCAACAACUGCCACCGCAGCUGCUGUCACAAUCCCAACACCCGUGCCCCGCACUGUCGGCGUCCACGCGGUCGUCGUCGUCGUCCGCGUCGUCGUCGUCCAUGAUGAUGGAGCUCUCGCUCGAGCCGGAGUUUGCCAACGUCGCAGGCGAGCACAACUACUACACCAGCACCGCACCGCCCAGCGACAAUGAAAGUCAAAGCUGUCACAUUCGCCUUGUAAGUGCGCCAGCCAAGACGCUGGUGCGUCCGAGACUCGGGUUUCGCCGCGCCUCGGCCGUGGCGGCCAAGACCUCGAGUCCGGCGCGAAUGGCGUCACGUGCGUCACGUGCGUCGGCGGCGUCGUCGUUAGUGGCGUCGUCGUCCAGAGUGGCCACGGGCCGUUCCCACUCGUGGAGCGCGGCCGUCACGGCCGCGCCCGUUUACAAAUACGUGGCCCACGCCCAGCUGGCAAUGCAAUGUGGACAGCCGAAAAACAGUGUGGAAAACCAAAACGCUUGGCUCCAGAUCGCGCGCAUCUCGCACGAACGCCGCGACCUCAUCGCGAACGGGUUCGUGCAGAAGUACAAGAGCACCGGAACCGGUUCCGCGGAGGCCGUGGUGGAUCACGUGCUGGCACUGUUCUCGCAGCACUAUGUACGAGAGAAAAUCGCGAUCCUGGCACGGGAGCACGUGCGCGCGCGCGUGCCCGGGCUCUACGACAACGACGACAGCCUGUUUCACGCACUGCAAGCCCGCGAUCUCGAUGUUGUCAACGCAUCCUUGUGGCUGGACCAAAAAAAACCCCGCAACACGGCAUGUCAGGUCAAGCAGAUCCCGCGAUUGACCGUUUUCGACGAAUUGCGCGCUCAAAACUCCCCCUCUGCACUGGCACCCGGCCUACUGGCCGUCGAGGUCCGCACCAGUAGCGGCUACAACAAUUUCACGGCCUCGUCCACCGAAAACUCCACGCUCUCAGAGUGGGACUGCGACCUUUUGCAAUUACGGCACAUGUCGCUGCUUCGUGAAAGUGACGACCGUAGACGCAAAAACAAGUACUACGAAUUCAUAGAGGGUAAAAUGAAGCGUCCGCUCAACAGUUUUAUGCUGUACCGGUCGGCACUCAUGAAGGCCGUUGCCAUUCUUAAGGUUUGCAGCGUUGUCACCGACACCUGUCAAGUCCUGUCACGUCAUUAUCCGCAACUCGCCGAGUCGCAGUUGCUCUCAGUCGUGGGCAGCGUGGUCCAAGAUAUAGAACUUCCCUUCAAUCUGCCCGUCGAGAUCGAUUGCGACGUUGUGCGCGCGGCAAUUCAAUCCACCAUGUAUGAGCCCAUUAACGAAAAUAAUCCAGAUGCCGGGCUGAAGCCCGUAGAUCCCAAAUUUGCUAAUCAAACCGACGUAGCCCAAGUCAUCACUUUGAUGUGGAAUACGGAACCGCACGAAUUCAAGCAACGUUUCGUUGAAUUCUCGCAAAUCGAAAAGCAACACCACCACCAGGUGUUUCCAAAGUAUAAAUACUGUCCUGUCAAAAAGGAUCGCACCAGCGCCUAG